AUGGAUGUCCUCUAUCGUGAGACUCCUGGGGCGGUGUUCAGGAUGGUGAGGUCGAAGUAUAUGGAUUGCCCGAGUGAGGAUAAUUACUCGGCCAUCUCCACAACCUCAGUUCAGUCCUCGCCUAAGAGUGUUCUCACAAGAAAGUCCCUCCAAAGUCUCGGACUUGGCCAGAAUCUCGCCACAGGCUGGCUCAGGGUCUUCUGCGGCCCAGACAGGACGGAUAUUGCUCAGGAUGAUCCCAGUCGAAUGGUACACGUGCUCACGUCAAGCUCAGUAGAGCAAAUUGUGGCGGACAUGGAUCUCCCAGUGGACUACACACUCUGGGUUCAGGUGGGUGGGAAACCCUCCCGGCGUUUAGAUUCCGACGAGAGACCCUUUCUUCUGCAAGAAAACUUCUUCAAGGCCCUUGGCUUCACAGACGACUCACGACGAUCGCGACUUAGUAUCGAUCCUGAGCUGAAGUAUUUGGUUCGAUUUCACAUCGGGCCAGCUGAACUUUCAAUGUGUCCAGGAAUUAUGAAAUCAGGCGUUGUGGAGAUCUUGAAAGGAUUGGUUUUUCCUCAAUGGCGAAAGAGAUCCGUGGCACUCUUCGGCAGCAAAAUGAUCCUCUAUCCAGGGAACAAUUGUCUAUCUCCGGAAGUGUUUGAACUGGGCGGGGCGGACAUCUACGAGCACUCGCCCGGCUACAAUCGACUCAUACUUAAGAUUCAGCCGAAGAGUGUGGACGGCAUGACGAAGUCUCACGCGGACGCCUUUCUGCACCUUCCCAGUGCCAGCGUGGGUAGUCUCUAUCACAGCUCGGCGAGCCUGUCCUCUGUCAACGGAGAUUCCGACCGGGUACUCUUCUUGGGUUUUCAGGAGUCCUGGGAACGAGAUCUCUGGAGCAACUGGCUGAUGGAGGUAUAAAACUCACGGAUUGGUGAUGGAAAGUGCCUUGACAUCGGCGGAUCCGGACUACAGACCAUCCCAGAGAUCGUCCUGAGAUCCACGAGCACAGUUGAAGAACUGCUGGCUGGUCAGAACAAACUCCAAGAAAUCGCCCUCGCGACUCUCGCUGAAUUUCCCAACCUGAAAAUUCUCCGCUUGCCCGGAAACGGUUUCACAUCGUUUCCGGCGCCAUUGCUCAACAUCACGGCGCUCACGGUGCUGGAUUUGUCCGACAAUGAGAUUGAAUCUCUUCCGGAUGAGUUGGCCGACUUGGAAAACUUGACAGAGCUCAGAUUGGAUCGCAAUGAACUGGUGGAAUUGCCUGAUUCUCUGAAGCAUCUGAAACGCCUGCAAUCCCUGCAAGUGUCUCACAAUAAGGUGCAGAAGGUGCCACCAUUCCUCAGCAACAUGCGCACUCUGGGUCUAGUUGAUGUGUACCGAGGCGACAAGAUCACCAAUGGACACUUCGUUGAUGAGAAAGGAGGCAAAAGUGACCAGAAUCCUCCUUUGACGAAAGUCAAUCUAAGAGCAAAUCAACUGAAAGGAAGCAUAAUUCUUGGGAAUUACGGAUACUUAACGCAACUUGAUGUGAGCGAAAAUUCAAUUGAAGUCCUGGAUUUGUCAGCUUUGGAUAAACUAGAGUCCCUGCGAUGCUCUCGCAACAAUCUCACUGAGUUGACUGUGAAUGGGCGGGUGUUGUCCUCUCUAAUUGCUGGCAAUAACAAUCUCAAGAAGGUCAUAGUGGCCCCAGUUCCCUCAGGACUCCGUCACAUAGACAUCUGCUUCAACUCCUUCGUGAGUCUUCCGGAAUGGCUGGAGGGAUGCCACAAGUUGCGUACUCUUUUCGCCAGCAACAACUGUCUGAGCGCUCUUCCGGAACACUUGUUCGGUGGCGACCUAACAACACUGCAGCUGGGUUACAAUCGCCUCAAGUCGCUGCCCGUCAUAUCUCGUCGCAAGACACACCUGCGGGAGCUCUUUCUUCAGAGCAACGCCAUUGUGGAUCUGCCCGAGAACUUCUUCUUCGCCUGCGAAUCUCUCACGUUGCUCAACGUUGCGAGCAAUCGUUUGAUCAGCCUGCCCAUCAUUGAUGGCAGUCGGAGUCACUUAGAACGCUUAUAUGCAACCAAUAAUCAACUCACCGAUCGGGCCUUGGACACUCUGAGCAAUCUUACUCAGUUGCGUGUCUUUCACGCCGCAUAUAAUCGUCUGACCACAUUCUCCGAGAAUUGUGUGGCCAAUCUGUCCCAUCUUGAGGAGUUGGUCCUAUCAGGAAAUCGCCUUCAGCAUUUACCGGACAAUCUGGCCAAUCUGACCCAUCUGAAGGUCCUGAGGGUCCACUCCAAUCAGCUCCAGAGUGUUCCACCCAUGGCGAAACUCAGCACCCUCCGAGUCCUGGACUUAGCUCACAAUCAACUGGAUAAAGUUAAUCUUGUCCAGCUGGUUCCAAGAAAGCUUCAAUUUCUGGAUUUGUCCUGCAAUACACAACUUCAAGUUGAUCCUAAGCAACUCCAAGCAUGCAAAUCACAGCGCCCAAUGAGUCUUGUGGACGUCUCGGGAAAGAACCGUGCCAGCCUCCCAUCAACCCCUUCCGUGAACCACGACUCUCAGGAAUUCGACCCUCCCUGGAGGGUGGGAUUCUCAGAAACAUCCGGCACUUCUUCUAAGCUCUUCAUCAGUCAGUUACGCCUUCCCGGAUUCUGCAGCGCAGAAGGACUGUUUGGGAUGUUCGACGGGGAAGGAGGUCGUGUUGUUCCCAGUUUUCUCACCAAAUCCGUCCCUAAACUACUCCUUGAGGAAAGAACUGUCAAGGAGACCGCUACAGACUACAUGAAGUACACUCUCCUUGCAGCCCACCGAGAAUUGAAGCAGCAAGGACAAAAAUGUGGAAUUUCCGUUACACUUUGCCACAUUUCUCGUACAAAAUGCGCAGAAUCUCCGGGAUAUUCACCUCAAACUGGAAAGAGAUAUGUCUUACGGGUAGCAAGUGUUGGAGAGUCAACAGCCCUUCUCAUCAGACGAUGUGGGAACGUAAAGCUAACUUUGUCAAUGCCAAAUCGACAGAUUGGGAGCAGCUCGAGUUUCCCUCUUGUUAUUCCGGAUCCAGAGACUUGCGAAGUAGUCCUGGGUGAACAAGAUGAGUACCUGGUGAUAGCGAACAGGAGAUUAUGGGAAGUUGUGGAUGCAGCAGGUGUUGCCGCUAUCAUACGAUCUGAGGAAAAUGUUAUCCUAGCUGCAAAGAGACUCCAAGAUAUUUCUCAAAGCUACGGAGCUGAGGAGAACCUAAGUGUUAUUGUUGUAAAAUUCAACAAUAUUGGAUCUGAAAUGGACAUCGUAAUGAGGGAGUUGCGACAGACCAUCCGGGGAAAGCCUGCCAGUGUCAUGGCGGGGUUUUGUAAGUGCGGAUGUUGUUGCGAAUCUAACAAUAGCUGUUGUCAUUCAGGAGACAUAACAAGUGGUUUUGUAAGGCAACCAUCGAACAGGAGCGACAGAUCCUCGCCAAGCGGUCAGAGUGAUCAGACAGCCAGUGAAUUAACAGGCCAGCACAAUAAUCAAGCUAAUCCGAAGCCUAAGAAUCUCGAGACAGGUUCAGUCACCAGUCGACGAUCUUCGACAAACUAUGCUACAAAUGAAAGGAGAAGUCUGAGAGGUGGGGUUGUGAGGGCAGUGCGGGCUCGCAUUGAAGAAGAGCGGGAGAAGGAGGAAUCCGAUUCAGCCAUGUCUGAGGAGCAAUUCAAAUGCUGGGAGUACAUGCUUGAGCAAAACACUCAGCUUCUAUUCGACAAAGAGCUCAAUACAAUUUCCCGCGCGUUCACAAAGCGUCAACCCUCAUCGAAUCUAACAAGGGCGCAGGUUAAGGCGCUUUCUUCAAGCUCACCACAGCUAGCAGCCCAGACAGAGCUUACGCCCAAAUCUUUGUAUUCGCAGUAUCACACUCCCGUGGGAUCGAAUGUGCCCUUCCUCUCGAAGCACUUCGGAAGUGCAAGGUCUUUUCACCCCCAAAGUAAUGGACUCUUCAGAGCAAUGAGAUUCAAUUCGGGACGUAUCCAUCCAAUGAAUGGAGGUCCCAAUGCAGCAUAUUUCGGCUCUCUACAGCGUCUAAUGCCCUACAAUCUCGAAUACGAUUUCGCUGUGAUGCACGAAAGGGGAGAGGAUGACUCCCUAGAACCCGACACAAGGAUGCAGCAAUAUUGGGGAGUUGCUACAACGGAACUCUAAGUUAAGAAUUUAAGACAAGG